GCCCUGCAUGCUCCUUCCUCCUUGGCAGCUUAGCAGACGCGCUCGUGCCCGUAAACCACCCUGAGGCGAAGGUGUCCUUCUGGCGUCCUGUCACUCAUUCGCCGUCAUGACUGAGAGUUGAGCGGGUAUUCUUCUCAUGCUGCGUCUCUGCGCUGCCAUUGUUACUUGAGCCAUUCGCUGGUCCUGCGAGCUGUCAGGGGCGCCUUUGGUUCCCGCGACAGCUCCAGGCCUCUGUAUUCCUUCCCCGGACGCAGCUUCUUCGUACGCUGUGGUGGAGCCUCAGGCUCCCUCCUCUCAUUACCGGCCAUGGUCAGGAUCAAGAUGCCCCGCAACGCGGCGAGCCAGCCCAUGUCCCGGCGGCACAAACGAAACCUCACGUACGCGCUCAUCGCCGGCUUCACAGUAGGCCUGCUAUACCUCUGGACCGGACCCGUCGAUCUGCUUGCCGUGCCCUUCGACCAGCAUGAAGCGUACAUGAACGACCGCGCCAACGUGGACGGCUUCGUUUCGAAAGGCUCCUACGACUGGCGCAAAGCUCCCUUCCACCACCCCGUCAAAGACUACAUCCCGCUGCCCCCGGGCAAGCCCCGCACGCUCGCGCCCGUACAAUACAACUUCCCGCCUGAAUCAUCGUCACAACGCGCAAAGAGGGAGGCGCGCCGCGUCGCUGUGCGCAGGGAAUUCCAGCGCAGCUGGGAGAGCUACAAGAGGUGCGCAUGGGGGCGGGACGAGCUCUUGCCGCUCACGGGGGAGGGCAUGGAGACUUUUGGGGGCUGGGGCGCAACGCUCGUGGAUUCGUUGGAUACACUGUGGAUCAUGGGCUUCAAGAAGGAAUUCUACGAAGCCGUCGAAGCCAUCGCCGCCAUUGACUUCGGAAAGACGGAGACGAACGCCAUCAGCGUCUUCGAGACGACGAUUCGAUACCUGGGAGGACUGCUUGCUGCAUACGACCUGAGCCGCGAGAAGGUGCUGCUGGAAAAAGCUGUCCAGCUUGGGGAGAUGCUCUACCGGGCGUUUGACACGUCGCCGAACAACUUUCCGUUGGAUCGGCUUGUAAUUGAGAAGGCCAAAAUGAAGGACGGACCUGCGCUUAGCGCAGACACCAACAUCUGCUUCGCCGGCCUCGCCUCGCUCACAUUGGAGUUUACCCGGCUCGCCCAGAUCACGCAGCAACCCAAGUACUAUGACGCCGUUGCCCGAGUCACCCAAUUCCUCGACAGAGAGCAGAACAGCACUCGUAUACCUGGCUUGUUCCCUAUCUGGGUAAACGCUUACAAGGAGGAUAUCAGUCAUAGCAACUCAUUUACCGUCGGCGCCAUGGCGGAUUCUUCGUACGAAUACUUCCCUAAGAUGUACGCUCUGCUCGGAGGCCUAGAACCCGUAUACCAAAAGAUAUGGAAAGACUCCGCAGCUAUGAUAGACAAACACAUGCUUUUCCGCCCCAUGCUCCCAGACAGCGAACCAGGCCAGGACCUCCUCUUCUGCGGCGACGUGACCACAACCGGCGACCCCGUCCGCAUUAUUAAGCUAGAUCCCGAAAUGCAGCACCUAACCUGCUUCGUGGGCGGCAUGUUCGGCCUUGCGGGACGUCUCUUCACCGACCAGCAUCACAUAAGUCUCGGCGAAAAACUCACAGAAGGCUGCAUCUACGCCUACAAGUCCAUGCCCAGCGGCAUCAUGCCCGAGAUCUUCAACCUCUUCCCCUGCGAAUCGCGCAAAACCUGCCCCUGGAACGAAACCGCAUACGAAGCCGAAGUCCUGCGAAAAACAUACGGAAGGACGCACGCCGACUAUCUCACCACCGUGGAGGAGCAGAAAAUGCCCCCGGGCUUCACGUACCUGCGGGACAAGCGAUAUCUGCUCCGACCUGAAGCCAUCGAGUCGGUGUUCAUCAUGCACCGCAUCACAGGGCACGAGGAGUACCUGGACCACGCAUGGGACAUGUUUACUUCGAUUAUGCGCGCUACGAGUACCAAAUUCGCAAAUGGCCAGGUGUUCGAUGUCACGGCGGAUCCGCCGGUGGAACCGGAGAAUAAGAUGGAGAGCUUUUGGCUUGCGGAGACGCUGAAGUAUUUCUAUUUGAUUUUUAGUCCGCCGGAUAUGAUUAGCUUGGAUGAGUGGGUGUUCAAUACCGAGGCGCAUCCUUUUCGCCGACCGAGGGUUAUUAAGGUGCAGGCCGGUGGGUAGGGAGAGAAUUAAAAAAAAGGGAGAGAAAGAGCCUCGGGAGGUAAGAAGAGAGAAGGAGGAAGAGUUGGUCGGC